UCUGAAAUGGGAUCAAUUCCAGCUCCUGUAUCCCAGGCCAAGGAAAGGGCUGGAUGUUCGGCGGGAGUGGGGAGAAUCCAGAAGCUGGCGGGCGGUGGCGCCUUUGUCCAAAACCCUGAUGUCAUUGCCUUAAGACUAGCUCCUUCCCCCGUCCCCUAGGUUACGACGCUAUUGCGUUACUUGGGGCGGGGUCUUGCCCCCAAGGCGUCCUAACUUCCGGCGCGGUGGACGCCAUCUUGAUAAAAGCCCUCGCUCUCGGCCCGGGCUUCAGCCAAGCCGUAACCCUUCACGGCCACUCUUGGUCCCCGCCGGAAGCUGACGUCGACGGACGCGAAAACGUGCGCACGUGUGGCCAAUAUGGAGGCGUCCUUGCGCCUUAUGGUUGGGGCUCGCCGGCUGCUGAGGCGGUCCGGACCUGGGCUGAUUCUACGGAGGCUGCGGCAUAAAAAAAAAUGGGCCUCCACAGAGCCAAAGUUCUCUUCUACCCGGCUGGCCCUACAGAAUUUUGACAUGAACUACAAGGUACAAUUUGGAGACUUGUGGCCUUCCAUCCGGGUCAGCCUCCUCUCAGAGCAGAAGUAUGGAGCCCUUGUCAAUAAUUUCUCCACUUGGGACAAAACAGCCUAUGAGUUAGAACAGCUCAAGGCCAAAGAUUUUGUUUUGGAGGCACAGAGAAGAGUUCAGGAGAAGGCCUUCCCUGAAGACCCCAGUACUCCAGCCCUUCCUCCAGAGCUUGAGACACUCCCCUCCCCAAGAGCCCCCUGGCCCUACAGCCCUAAUCUGCACUGCUACACGUUUACCAGAGGGGAUAUCAGCCGCUUCCAUCCAGCCAGGGUAAGCAGCCUGGGCCUCCUCGACUACUACCUCAUGGAUGCUUCCUCCUUGCUGCCUGUCUUGGCUCUAGGGGUGCAGCCUGGUGACACCGUUCUUGACCUGUGUGCUGGGCCUGGUGGGAAAACUCUGGCACUGCUCCUGACCGGCUGCUGCCGCCACCUGGCAGCUAAUGACAUCUCUACCUCUCGAACCAGGAGGCUGAAGCAGGUUCUACACAGUUAUGUACCCCAGGAUGUGAGCCAGGUGCGGGUCACGUCCCAGGAUGGCAGGAAGUGGGGAGACCUGGAGAGGAGCACAUAUGACCGGGUGCUGGUGGAUGUGCCCUGCACCACCGACCGUCACUCUGUCCUGGAGGAAGACAACAACAUCUUCAAGCGCUCACGGAAGGUGGAACGCCAGAUGAUGCCCAUGCUGCAGGUGCAGCUCCUGGUGGCUGGCCUCCUGGCCACCAAGCCCGGAGGGGUGGCUGUCUAUUCCACCUGCACCCUCUCCCACCUGCAGAACGAGUAUGUGGUCGGCGGGGCCAUCGACAUACUGGCCAAUCAGUACCAGAUUGACGUCCAGGUGGAAGAGCUGAGCUCCUUCAGGCAUCUCUUUCAGGACACCUUCUCCUUCUUCCCGUCCUGCCCCUUGGGGGAGCUGGUUCUCCCUGUCUUGUGGGCCAACUUUGGACCCAUGUACUUCUGCAGGCUGCGUCGGCUCACUUAGCAGCUCACCGGAGCCCCCUGCAAAAUGUCCCAGUGGAUUUCCAGUACGGGCCCCUCAUGGGCCUGGGAGAGAUGGAGGUGUCUUGUCCAAGGGGGUGACUGGUGAGAGGAAAUGGAAGAACUCCUCCCCCACCCAACAGGGCUUCAGUCCCUACUGAAGAUGUGGCAGCAGAGGAGGGGCAAGGCCUCCUCCCUGUCCUGGCUUAGGGACCCGGACCACAGCGGUUUCUGGCCAUGGGCUCCAUUUCUCCAGAUUAGAACUUUUCUUAUUGUUUGGGGGGGAAGGUGGCAAGUGGGUUCCUCUCCCAUCCUGGUGUGUUACCAGAAUGGAGGCCCCUUCAGGGCGAAGACUCUGUCAUUAAUCCUGGCUCCCCUAAAGCCUAGGGACUUAAUAAAUACAUAUUGAUUGA